AUGGUGGUUGUUUUCAUUGUCGGAGGAAACAAGCUUAAGGACAAGAUUUGGAUUGUUGCCGGAGUGUUUGUCAUUGUUGUAGCACUAGGUUUCAUAGGCUUUCUCGAACAAUCAACCGACUUACUCUCUUCAAACCGCUAUAAAAUCCCCCACCCUUGGCUCCAAAUCCUCCAUCCUAUACUCUAUCCUAUCAAUUACUUCUACUUGAAGCUUACCGUAGCCCUAUUUUUUGCACUCAACAUUCUCUUCUUUUCUCUAGUCAGUGUUUGUGGUUCCUGCCCUUCCCCCAAGCCUAAACAUAAACAUAAACACAAACCUAAGCCAAAACCCACCCCAUCUCCCACUCCUUCUGCAGGAGACAAGUGCCCCACGGAUGCCCUUAAACUAGGUGUGUGUGCUGAUCUGCUCGGUGGGUUGCUCAACAUCACCCUUGGUACCCCUCCGGUUGAGCCAUGUUGCACCCUCAUCCAAGGCCUUGCUGAUCUUGAGGCCGCCGUUUGCCUUUGCACUGCUAUCAAAGCUAAUAUUUUGGGCAUCAACCUUAAUGUCCCACUUUCCCUGAGUUUACUUCUCAACGUCUGCUCAAAGAAAGUUCCCCCCGGUUUCCAAUGUCGUUAAAUUACUUUUUUUUAUCAAAU